AUGUAUCGUCGCGACCUUUGCACAUAUUGUUCUGCAGCCGGUGCAGUGCAGCAGAGCAGAGUGCAGAUUGUCCCGAGCAUCAGUCCAAGGGCGGAGGUUCCAUCUCCAGCCAGUGGAAUCCCGUCGUGGACGACGCUGGGCAACAAUCAUACAGAAGGGACAUGA